AUGUUAUUAGCAAUACUUCUUAUACUCAGCCUUCUGGGAGAGACAUUGGCGGUACUGGCUAUCCCCAAUAAACGACAGAAUCCAACGACGACAACGAUGAUGAUAACUACUACCACCUCUGUUCCUACUACGACAGGAGGACAAAAUGAUGGGAACGGAGAUGUAGAUGGACAAGGGGAUAACGCAGUAUCAAUCUCAGUUGUUAUACCUAUUGCUUGUGCUUUAGGAGGGAUUUUAUUUGUUGCUUUCAUCUUCUCUAUCAGGAAUAAACUCAAAUUCUUAUUUACCUUCCCCCGCUCUCUACAUACUCGUUCUACUUCCCUUGACUCUACGAACGAACCUCUGACAGGUCUCACAGCUGAAGAACUCGCCACUUCUAGACGUCGGACAGGUACAGGAGCCAGUACCGGUUCUUCUGAUACGGGUGCUACUCGCGGGACUGGGAGUGGUGGGACAGGAGGGAAUACGACUGCUCAAGGUACUGGGACUAAUGGGACGAGAAUAGAGACGAGAGAACCUACUGUGAGGACUUUACCUGUUUAUCGUAAGGAAGCUGGGGAUGACGAGUUGAUUCUCGUUCGUCAACGAUCAAAUAGCGACAUAUCUGAAGUCGACAUAGAGUUUGAAGAUCCAGAUCCGAAUCCAAAUCCCACAGCUCCCCUAACACCUCCGAUACUUCCUCUAGCUCCCCCUGCCACUCACACACUUAGACCUCUUUAUCCUCCCGACCAACUUCCUGACGUGACUCCACCUACUGUCGUCAACGAUGACCCUCCAACACCUCCUCAUUCCGCACCACCAGGUCACACUCAGCUCACUCGUAUUCCUUCCUCUACCAGGAGUCAAUGGGGUGAAGCGCCGUCUUACUUUGACGCUAUCACCUCCCCCUUUUUAUCUUCAUCCACCACAGAACAAGGUCUGUCCACGUCAAACAACAACGGUAUCAUCCCAGGACCUCGAUCGGCAACUUCAGAAACUUUUCGUAAUGCCACCUCUGGUUUCUCACGUUUACUCUCUCGUGCAGGUUUCGCACCUGGUUCUUUCCGACCUAAUACAAAUGGAAGACCAAUGGAACAAAGACAUUCUUCUCAUACAUCUAUGACAUCCCUUUUACUUCAACCACAAACUUCACGACUAUCCACAACAUCUAAUAGAGCCACUAGUCCUUUUCCUAGUCCAGAGGCGUCAACACAUAGUCUACUCAUCUCAUCACCUAUACCCAAUACCGCUAUGAGGGCUAGCUUCAUAGAUUCUGCAUUACCACGUGCCGGGUUGAGUGAAGAUCAAAUGAGAUUUUUAUCAAGUGCAGAAGCUGUCAAUCUGGCCGGAGUGAGGUUGGAUGAACCACCUAGGACGCCGAGAAGGGUUAGAAGGGCUAGUGCAGGUGCAGGUAAUGAUGCUUUAUUGGGUGAUGCAAGUCCGGGAACACCUAGUUUGAGUCAAGAAGUUGAUCAAACGGUGGAAGCGAGGGAAGGAGCGCAAGCGCAAAGAGGUGACUUGCCAAGUUGGGAACAAGUGGUAAAUGAGACAAGAAGGACACAAGCGGCAGAAAGACAAGGUUUAGCCAGGCCGGUAGUGCGUCAUGACAAUCAGGGGGAUAUAAACCCGUCACAACCUCAUGGGGCAGGAGAAGGCGCCGAGGUUGUGGAGACGUUAAGACAGGAUAACAGAGUGGUACGAGGAGUGGAUCUGACGGGCGGAGAAGGACAGGUGGAACAAGACCAAGAGGGAAUGAGGAAGCAACGACAAGAGGGAACUGAUGGACGUUCACCACCCGGACGGACGAGACAAUUAUCUAUCACUGUCCCAUCGAGAGUGCUACUACGUUCAAAUGACGCACCGGUGUUGGAGGUCGAACCUCCCACUCCUCUCUCGGCCGUUGUAGGGCUCGAAAGAUGA